AUGGGUCCUGCCCAUGCAGGUCUGGACACCACCUCCUUUGCCAGCCUAGGUCCCUGGAAGCAGGACUCUCCACAGACGACAGGUGCCUGGACUGGAGAUGCCACAGAUUCCAACACUGAGGAUAACCUGCCAUCCUCCCCAGAAAAGGGCUGGUGCUCCACCUGGGGAGCUGGCCACUUUUCCACCUUUGACCACCACGAGUACGAUUUCAAAGGGAUGUGCAACUACGUCUUUACGGCUACCUGUAGGGAUGCCUCGCCCACCUUUAGCAUCCAGUUGCGGAGAGACAGGGAUGGGAACAUAUCCCGGAUCAUCAUAGAACUUGGGGCUUCUGUGGUCACUGUGAACAAGGCAAUCAUCUCUGUCAGGGACAUCGGGGUUGUUAGCCUGCCCUACACCAGCAAUGGCCUCCAGAUCACGCCAUACGGCCAGAGCGUGCAGCUGGUGGCCAAGCAGCUGGAGCUGGAGUUAGUUGUCAUUUGGGGUCCAGAUGCCCAUCUUAUGGUCCUGGUAGAGAAGAAGUACAUGGGCAAGCUGUGUGGACUGUGUGGGAACUUCGACGGGAAGACAGACAAUGAAUUUCUGAGCGAGGAUGGCAAACUUCUGGAACCUCACAAGUAUGCCACACUCCAGAAGCUAGAUGACCCCAAUGAGAUCUGUGCCCAUGAGGCCAUCCCCAGCCCUACCGCCCUGGAGACCAGAUACGCCCAGAUCUGCAACCAGCUACUGACCCUGGUGUCCCCUGGGUGUGACGUGCCCAAGGAGCCACUGGUGCUGAGCUGCCAGGCAGACAUGGCCGAGUGUGCCCAGCCAGGCCGGCAGAAUUGCAGCUGUGCCACACUGUCUGAGUACUCCCGUCGAUGUAACAUGGCCGGCCAGCCUGUGCGCAACUGGAGGACCCCCGGACUCUGCCCCGUGAGCCAGUGCCCGGCCAACCAGGUGUACCAGGAGUGUGGUGAGGUCUGCGUCAAGACUUGCUCCAACCCACAGCACAGCUGCUCCAGCUUCUGCACCUUCGGCUGCUUCUGCCCCCAUGGUACACUACUUGAUGAUAUAUCCAAAAACCAGUCCUGUGUGCCAGUCAGCCAGUGCCCCUGUAUGCUCAACGGUGUGGUCUAUGGCCCUGGGGAGAUCACAAGGACAGCCUGCCAAACCUGCCAGUGCACCAUGGGCCGCUGGACGUGCACGAAGCAGCCUUGUCCUGGCCACUGCUCCCUAGAAGGUGGCUCCUUUGUCACCACCUUCGAUGCCAGGCCCUACCGCUUCCACGGCACCUGCACCUACACUCUUCUCCAGAGCCCACUGCUUCCCAACGAAGGCACCCUCAUGGCUGUGUAUGACAAGUCAGGUUACUCACACUCAGAGACCUCCCUAGUGUCUAUCAUCUACCUGUCCAAGAAGGACAAAAUCGUCAUCUCAGAGGAUGAAGUGGUCACCAACAAUGGGGACACCAAGUUGCUGCCGUACAAGACACACAACAUCACCAUCUUCAGGCAGACGUCUACCCACCUCCAGAUGGUUACCACCUUUGGACUGGAACUUGUGGUCCAGCUGCAGCCCGUCUUCCAGGCAUACAUCACAGUCGGGCCCCAGUUCAAAGGCCAGACCAGAGGGCUCUGUGGCAAUUUCAAUGGCGACACAACGGAUGAUUUCACAACCAGCAUGGGCAUUGAUGAAGGCACUGCCUCACUCUUCGUGGACUCCUGGCGCGCGGGGAACUGUCCAGCUGCCCUAGAGCGUGAGACGGACCCCUGCUCCAUGAGCCAGCUCAACAAGGUGUGCGCAGAGACCCACUGCUCCAUGCUGCUGAAGAAGGGCAGUGUGUUUGAGAAGUGCCACGCUGUGGUGAACCCCCAGCCCUUCUACAAGAGGUGUGUGUACCAGGCCUGCAACUACGAGGAGACCUUCCCUCACAUCUGUUCUGCACUGGGGGCCUACGCCCAUGCCUGCUCCGCCCGAGGCAUCCUGCUCUUGGGCUGGAGGAGCAGCGUGGACAAUUGCACCGUGCCUUGCACUGGCAACCGCACAUUCAGCUACGACAGCAAAGCCUGUGACCGCACCUGCCUGUCUCUGUCGGAUCGUGAGACCGAGUGUCAUGCGAGUGCUGUGCCGGUGGAUGGCUGCAACUGUCCUGAGGGCACCUACCUGAACCACAAGGCAGAAUGUGUGCACAAGGCCCAGUGCCCCUGUCUGCUGGACAGCUACAAGUUCGUCCAGGCUGAUCAGUCAACCAUGAUCAACGGGGUCAUAUGCUACUGCGUCAAUGGCCGCCUGAGCUGCCCACGGCAGGCCGAGAUGUUUUUGGCAUCCUGCCCAGAACCUAAGACCUUGCAGUCCUGCAGCCAGUCGUCAGAAGACAAGUUCGGGGCUGCAUGUGCCCCCACGUGCCAGAUGCUGGCCACAGGCAUUGACUGUGUACCCACCAAAUGCGAACCUGGCUGUAUCUGUCCCAAGGGGCUCUAUGAGAACAGUGACGGGCAGUGUGUGCCUGCAGAGGAAUGCCCGUGUGACUUUGCAGGGGUGUCCUAUCCUGGUGGCUCUGAGCUCCAUACUGACUGUAAGAAUUGCACUUGCUCCCAGGGGAAGUGGACCUGCCAGCUUAGUGCACAGUGCCCGUCUACCUGUGUCCUCUACGGUGAAGGCCACGUCGUAACUUUCGAUGGACAGCGCUUUGUGUUUGACGGCAACUGCGAGUACACUCUGGCCACGGACGACUGUGGUGCCAACAGCUCACAGCCUACCUUCAAGGUCCUGACAGAGAACGUCAUCUGUGGGAAAUCAGGGGUCACCUGCUCCCGAGCCAUCAAGAUCUCCCUGGGUGGGCUGUCCAUCACAAUGGCAGACAGGAACUACACGGUCAGCGGGGAAGAACCCUUGGUGCACCUUCAGGUGAAGCCCAGCCCCCUAAACCUUGUCCUGGACAUAGGCAUCCCUGGAAGGCUCAACCUGACACUUGUGUGGAACAAGCACAUGAGUGUCUCUAUCAAGAUCCGCCGUGCCACCCAGGAUGCCCUCUGUGGCUUGUGUGGCAACUCCAAUGGGAACAUGAAGGAUGACUUUGAGACACGCAGCAAGUAUGUGGCAUCCAGUGAACUGGAGUUUGUGAACUCAUGGAAGGAAAAUCCACUGUGUGGGGAUGCGAGUUACGUGGUGGAUCCCUGUAGCCUAAAUACCUUCCGGCGCUCCUGGGCUGAGCGCAAAUGCAACAUUAUCAACAGCCAAACCUUUGCCGCCUGCCACAGUAAGGUAUACCACCUGCCCUACUAUGAGGCCUGCGUACGUGAUACCUGUGGUUGCGACAUGGGCGGAGACUGCGAGUGUCUGUGUGAUGCAGUGGCUGCCUAUGCCAAGGCCUGUCUGGACAAGGGCGUGUGUGUGGACUGGAGGGCCCCAGACUUCUGCCCUGUCUACUGUGACUUCUACAACAUCCACACACUGGUGGGGGAGAAGGAAUACCAGUAUGCUCAAGAGGCCAACUGCACGUGGCACUACCAGCCCUGUCUCUGCCCUGGCAGCUUGGGGAGCUUCCCGGACACAAACAUUGAAGGAUGCUACAACUGCUCCCACAAUGAGUACUUCGACCACAAAGAAGGGACCUGUGUACCCUGUGCACCACCCACUACCACACUACCGCCAGCCACCACAGGAAGCAAGGCCACCAGAGGUUCACAGCCCACCACGGCAACUCCCACCAGCCCUGAGUUCUACAGUUCCAGCUCUGCAGCUACACCUGUGGGCCCCUCCUACUUGCCAGGUCUUCCAACCCCAGCACCUUCAACCCCAUCCUCCACUGAGGAAGUAACAGACUGGACCACCCCCAAGAAAUCCACAGUCUCCUCAGAAUACCCUCAAACCACUGAGGCUACUGCACCACUGACAUCACCUUUGCCUCCUACAUCCAUACCGAGGUCAACACCCACAAGACGCCCGGUGACACAGGCCACAACCAAGCCCACAGCAUCUUCCCCCAGCUCAUCCACAAAGACCACAGCUCAGUUCACAGAGAGUACCACAGUGACACCACCAACCUCAGUAAUGCCUGAGAUGUCCACCAGCCGAGGAUCCGCAGUGACAUCAGCCCAACAGGAAAGUCACCGUCCAGCCACAACAAGCCAUGCAACUGAAACCACAGAACUACCUCUCUCGGGAAAGACUACCCUGACCACACAUCAAACAGGACAAAGCAAUAGCCUACCACCACCUAAUACAAACACUUGGACCCCAAACACAGUAUCUCAAACUAAGCCAACACACAUGACAUGGAGCACCCACUCUCAACCAACCAUUUCUUUCCACACUACAGAAUACUCCACAACUGCUCCCUCAGAAACAUCUAUCCAGACAACAACCACUUUUCCAAGGACUCAAAGCUCAUUAGCAUCUGUAAAUCCAACACUUUCGACGUCAGAAGUGACACCAACAUCUCAGACUCUCAUGACCCCAACUACUUCACAUAUACUACCAUCACCUUCAAUAACAAACCCAUCCACCACCAUGUUUCAAACCACAACAGAGGAAACAGAAAUAACACAAACAUUAGCCCCAGGCACCUACACAACCCUAACCUCAAAUUCAUUCUCCACACAAACCACCUCAGCUUCCUUAAUACACCCUUCCAAUACAACUCAGCAUCAGCCCACAUCACUUCCCCUCACUACAAUAUCCAAUAGGUCUACCAUGGGAAAAACUGGUACCCCUGUGGUGCACACCACCUCAGAAACAUAUAGCAGGCCUCCUACUCCGCAUACCACACAACCUCCACCCACUGUUCCUGUCUCUAGCACAACACACACCACUGGCCACCCGUUAGAAACUUCUGUCCAGACCACAAUCACCUUCCAUACACAAUCAGGUCCUCAGACGUCUUUGGCCACAACACUGCCAGUAUUUUCAACCUCCUCUGUAACACCAACUUCACAGAUAAUUAGGACUCCCACAAGCACAGAAACAGUCUCAACGGCUUCCACCCCCAUGAUAUUUAGCACCAUUCUUCCUAUGACCACAAUGGAGGGAACAAAGCCCACACUUACAGCAGCUCUUGCCACGUCCACAAUCACUGCCACUUCUCAAUCUCAAAGUUCUUUCUCCACCACCAGAAGCUACACUUCCGUCCGUUCUCACCCUACUUCCAUGACGUCCCAUCAGUCUAUAUCACUUCCACCUACAGGGAGUUCACCAAGGGCCACCACGAGUACACCUGGUACUGUAACAAUCAAUACCUCGUCAGGAACACAGAGCAGUCCCCAUAAGCCACAUACCACCAACCCUCAACCCACAGCUGUUGUCUCUACCAUAACACACACCACAAGGCCCUCGCGAACAUCCCAGCAGGCAACCAUCACCAUACCUACACCUUCAUCUCCUCAUUCGUCUCUGACGACACCAAAGCCAUCAUUAUCAACCUCAUCUGUGACACCUACUGAGAUGCUUAGCACCCCUACCAGCCAACACACAGAAUCAUCAGCUUCUGUGACCAGGACUCUGAGUACCAUUCUACAAAACACAACAGAGGACACAGGGACACCACAUACACCAACAGAAGGCACAUACACAACCAGUGCCACCACACAAGCUCAAAGCUCAUUCUCCACAGACAGAACCUCUCCUUCGCACAGUUCAGAAACUUCUUCCAUGACUGCCAUUCAAUCCACAUCAGUUCCUGCUACAACAUUAUCAACUAUGUCCACCAUGGGUGUAACUGGUACAGCUGUGGUCCACACCACCUCAGCAACACCCAGCAGUCCUCAAGGUCCACACACCACACAACCUUCAACUACGGUUUCUGUCUCCAGCUCAGUACACACCACAGGUCGCCCCUCAGAAACGUCCAUGCACAGCACCUCCAACUUACCAACACAUUCAGCUCCUCAGACCUCAUCCACACCACUGCCAUUAAUUUCAACCUCCUCUGUGACAUCAAAUUCAAUGAGAACUAGCACCCAAAACAGUCAACACACACUAUCAUCAGCCGCCACUUCCAUGACACCAGGGACUGUUCUUCCUACCACAAUGGAAGGCACAAGCCAUCCACAAACAUCAGUUCCUGUCAUUUAUACAACCAGUGCCACCACACAAGCUCAAAGCUCAUUCUCCACAGACAGAACCUCUCCUUCCCACAGUUCAGAAACUUCUUCCAUGACUGCCAUUCAAUCCACAUCAGUUCCUGCUACAACAUUAUCAACUAUGUCCACCAUGGGUGUAACUGGUACAGCUGUGGUCCACACCACCUCAGCAACACCCAGCAGUCCUCAAGGUCCACACACCACGCAACCUUCAACUACGGUUUCUGUCUCCAGCUCAGUACACACCACAGGUCGCCCCUCAGAAACGUCCAUGCACAGCACCUCCAACUUACCAACACAUUCAGCUCCUCAGACCUCAUCCACACCACUGCCAUUAAUUUCAACCUCCUCUGUGACAUCAAAUUCAAUGAGAACUAGCACCCAAAACAGUCAACACACAUUAUCAUCCACUUCCAUGACACCAGGGACUGUUCUUCCUACCACAAUGGAAGGCACAAGCCAUCCACAAACAUCAGUUCCUGUCAUUUAUACAACCAGUGCCACCACACAAGCUCAAAGCUCAUUCUCCACAGACAGAACCUCUCCUUCCCACAGUUCAGAAACUUCUUCCAUGACUGCCAUUCAAUCCACAUCAGUUCCUGCUACAACAUUAUCAACUAUGUCCACCAUGGGUGUAACUGGUACAGCUGUGGUCCACACCACCUCAGCAACACCCAGCAGUCCUCAAGGUCCACACACCACGCAACCUUCAACUACGGUUUCUGUCUCCAGCUCAGUACACACCACAGGUCGCCCCUCAGAAACGUCCAUGCACAGCACCUCCAACUUACCAACACAUUCAGCUCCUCAGACCUCAUCCACACCACUGCCAUUAAUUUCAACCUCCUCUGUGACAUCAAAUUCAAUGAGAACUAGCACCCAAAACAGUCAACACACAUUAUCAUCCACUUCCAUGACACCAGGGACUGUUCUUCCUACCACAACGGAAGGCACAAGCCCUCCACAAACAUCAGUUCCUGUCAUUUAUACAACCAUGGCCACCACACAAGUUCAAAGUUCAUUCUCCACAGGCAGAACCUCUCCUUCCCACAGUUCAGAAACAUCUUCCAUGAGUGCCAUUCCAUCCACGUCAGUUUCAGCUACAAGCACAUCAGCUAAACCCACCAUGAGUGUAACUGGUACUGUGCCAGUCUAUACCUCCUCUGGCACAUCUAGCAGUCCCCAUAUUCCACACACUACAUAUCUUCCUCCUACUCCUUCUGUCUCCAGCACUGCAAGUAACACUGGUUCCCCUUUAGGAACAUCCCCGCAGACCACCAUCACAAAUCCAACACCAUCCGGUCCUCAGACCUCUUUGUCCACACCACUUUCAGUUUUUUCAACCUCUCCUGUAACACGAACUCCUGCGAUACAUACCACCCAAACUCUUGAACACACAGCAUCAUCAGCUUCCACAUCUAUACCAUUGAGCACCAUUCUUCCAACUACCCCAAUCAAGGGUACAAGCUCCCUCAAAACAGCACCAUCUAUCACUUCCACUACAACUGCCAUUACCCAAGUUUACUCUUCAUUCACAACAGCAAAAACUUCUCCCUCGGAGCUGAGUCCAUCCUCAGUGCCCCACAGCUCUACUGUUUCCCCUCCCUUCCCAUCCCUACCAACUGCCUCUUCUCUCCCAACAAGUUUUCCAUCCACUUUGGUUUCUCUCACUAAUGUCCCACAUUCCCCAUCUGUAACAUCAUCCACCUCCUUCCUGCCCCACUCUGGCACCACUACAUCUUUUCGUUCUUCAGCAUCUUUGCCAUCUUCUUCUAUGACGUCCCCUCUCACACCUGCUUCAAGUUCUGCAGGUUCUCCUCCACAGUAUACUUCUACCCCCAGCCUAGUGUCCCAUUCCCCUCUGCUUACUAAACCCACAUCAUCUCAUCCUUCAUCUGCUUCUGCCUUUGUGUCUCCAACUGCUGCCUCUACUCCUGUUAAUUCCUCUGUGUCCCCCCUUGUCACCUCAUCCAUUCCUUCCUCUGCUCUCCCCACCAUCCACAUGACUCCCACCCCAUCUAGCCGGCCAACCUCCAGCAGUGGCCUUCUAUCCACUACCAAGACUACAUCUCAUGUGUCCACCUUUUCUUCAUUCUCCUCAAAGUCCACCACCUCCCAGUUUACCUCCCUUACCACCCAAGCCUCUACGUCAGGGCUACUGUCUUCAACCAUGGGCAUGACAGUCUUCCCAAGUUCCCCAGACACCAACCACACCACUAGGCCUGGUACCAGCCCACUGCCUACAUCUGUGCUCCUGAGCAGUCCUGCUUCUCCCACUGGAAGUUCCUCACUGUCCACCCCAGUGUCACUCUCCAGUCCGGACUCCUCCGUCUCCUCUCCACCCAUUGAUCCUGGAGCCUGCAGCUUGCAGGAAGAGGAGCAACAGAUUAUCUACCAGGGCUGCAUAGCAAACGUGAUUCUAACUCGUUGCCAGGGUUUCUGCGCCUCCUCUGUCAGUCUCAAUACGGACACCUUGCAGUUGGAAACCCGCUGUGGCUGCUGCCAGCCCCUUAGCACCUACGAGAAGCGACUCUCCCUGCCCUGCCCUGAUCCCAAUGCACCAGGUCAACAGCUCACACUCACCCUCCAAGUGUUCAGCAGCUGUGUAUGUAGCCCCCUGCAAUGCAAGGACUAAACAACAGCAAGUGGUUUCUUGAGCACAAGGAUCACAGACAGACAGACAGACACACACACACACAUACACACACACUCACACACACAGCCAUUCCUGAUACUUCCCUAACACUUGUAACAAGCAAUCCCCUUACCGGCCAUGGGCAUGGCCUCAAGGAGACCUUGGACAAGGCUCAUCCUGAGACAGCAGAGAAACGGAGCAACAGCUGUCACACAAAGCCUCCUACCACGUACCUCCUGCAGACCGUGACCAAGCAAAACAGGCCUUCAGUGGAAAUGAACUACCAACAUCUCUUCAACCUUGAUGCCCUGGGAAUUUCCUGUCCACCUGUAUAGCACCUCCCAGCCUCUGGCUAUAAUACCCAAGAGAUCAGAACACCCAAAGCAGAUGCUGAGAAGACUGGGCAGGGCAUCUGGGGAGACAUGGGGAGUAACAGGAAGAUGCAGGGGUAUGAGCCUUGGGUAGGGACAGGCAGCAGGGUAAGCACCAAAGAGGCACAAGGAAAGGAGGUCUCCCCAGAGGCAGGGAGAAGCAAAAGGCAAUGGUACCCACUGGGCAGGAGGCUAUCACCCAACAAGUCAGUAGAUUGCAAAUAAACUGGUUCUUUUCAAGGCAGAACCUGGUGUGUACAUGUUGCUGUUGUCUUCCAGAAUCCUGAGCAUGAUAUCACAAACACCUGCACAGGCCAGGCCACUAGGA